UUCCGAGUGAAUUUUGAGAUUUCCAAGCUUAAAGAGCGAUAAAAAUCCACUUUUAAGUGUGCGAUUGACACCUUGAGAAAAAUCUGCAUUCGAACAGACAAUGGCUAGAAUGCAGGAAGUGAGUUUCAACGAGUCUGGAAAAGUCAACAGCCAGACAACAAGCACCAACUUGACGUCCAAGUGUGCUGUGCCAUCACCCCCUGACCACGCUGACAUGAAAAUGAAGAAAAAGAAACUGUCAGGGUUGAGGCGAGCCAUCAGGGCGAUCUUCAAGUCCAAGGAGAGGAAAGCUGCUAAUCCUUCUCCUGAGAUCAAAGCAUCCAGCUCCGAAAUGCCAACAAGAUUGGAGAAAGAGAUGGUGGAGGAUGUUGCCAUAGCAGCAACAGUUGAAUCAGUUGAUGAGGAAAGUGUUUCCUCCUCUUCCCAGUGCUCAUCUGCCUCCGACAAAUCAUUGGAGACUGGAACCUCCCCAUCUAAGCAAGCCUCAUCUACUCCGCCGCCCCCUCAGAAGUCACCCCCUGCUCCCAGGGCAAGAGCUUCUCCGAGACCCAAGAAGUCUCCAUCUCAAGACAAGCCCAAGAAAUCCGGCUUCUACAUGUACAACGGAUAUCCUUCUUAUCUCGGGAGCCGUUUGUACCAGUGCAGUGACAUCGAGCCAGAGCUGGAUAUCCUGGGACAGUGGGUGGAGGUUGGAUCUGGCGAGACCGGAACCGUGCAUCUUGUGCGCAUCCCAUCUGAGAGCAACAAACUUGUUGCCGCUAAGAUCAUCCAAGGACAUGAUCCAGAGGCAAGAUUCCAGAAGGAAGUUGAUGCCCUCCACAUCACGGACAGUCAUCCGUCCUUCCCUCAGCUGAUUGGUGUUGUUGAGCAGUCUCCUUUCCGCUGCAUCCUGGAAGAGUUUGUCGGCAAUGACUUCAUCCCCGAGAGCAUCACUUUGGAGGAUGUUCUGAGCAACCAGAAAGUCGCUGCCUCUGAUAUUCCACACAGCGACUGGUUCCAGAUUGCUCGGGACAUAGCUGAUGGGAUAAACUACUUCCAUAAGUUGGAGUACCUCCACGUCAACCUCAAGCCUGAGAACAUCCUCCUGUAUGCCACUGAUGGCAACUGGAAAGGAUGGAGAGCCAAGAUCUGUGAUCUUGGUGACUGCACCUUUGCAAGACUCCCUCCUACGAUCCACUCCACCCCUGAGAUCCAAGCCGCUGCCAAAUCAGCUGCUAAGCCCUUUGUGGCACCCGAGGUGCUUCGUGAUGCGACCCCAUUCACACUGGCUGCCGACGUCUACGCCUUUGGAAGAAUCCUCCGUGCCGUUGGUAAACGAGCCAAAAUCGCCUCACUUCGCCACAUCGGCAAGAAAUGCGCCCGCAAGACUGCUCACAAGCGUCCCAGCAUCGACAAGGUCUGCAGUAUGCUGAAACGCCCUUCGUCUCCCAAGUAGACUCAACACAGCAUUCACACAGCCUGGAGCAAAACUGCCAGUUAACAGCGCCCUCCACUGAUUCCGUUAGGAAAAAGGCAGGCAAAAGCA